AUGGAGGAUGCUGUGGACUAUUGCUUUGGCGUUGUCUGGAUCGUGGAGGUCUGCAACGCCAUUCAGACUUUUGUAGUGUCUUACGCGACUGUGAAGUGGUUUGCCUUGCCCAUGCCCAAGAGACAAAUUGUUUGGUUACCUGUGGCGCAGGGCGUUGUUGCGUGCGUGGUGUUCCACUUGGGUUCUGUGGCAUUUGGUUCAUUCCUGAUUGCCACGACGCGUGUUAUCAUAUUGAUCACCAGUCUUGUCGCUAGGUAUGCUGACUCCGAGGGGAAUGCGUUGUUGGCGUGCAUUGCACAGGUGUGCAUGGGGUGCGUCGUUUGCUUCCGCCGCUGUCUAGAGUACGUGAACAAGAACGCCUACUGUGACAUUGCAAUUCGUUCUGGCGAUUUCUGGGUCGCGGCGAAGAGGUCGACCCGCUUCAUGACAUCCAGCGCGCCCGACAUAGCCAUCCUCCAGGGCGCGUGCUGGUUCAGUCAAUUCGCCGGAAUCUCGCUGGUGACAACUGCCGGAGCAGGGCUCGCCUACCUGGCGGUGACGGAAGUCGACCGGUGGUCCUCUCCCGAGUCAGGUAGCUAUGUCGAGGACCCCCUGGUAGUCUGCGCCGUCGUUGGCGCCAUCUGCUUCAGCAUCUCCGCUGUGUGCCUGUCCCUCUUCGACGACAUCGCCGACAGCAUGCUCUACUGCUACGCCGUCGCCCGCGAGCAGGGCGUGGCGAGUACCUACGCGCCGGAGACUCUACGGUCGCUGGCGGCAGGGCACGAGGGUGGCAGCAGUCGCUCCCUGCACCGGCGGACAAGCAGCCGCUGA